GUGUGCUUAUUGUCAUUGUGAGGAACAGUCGUGUAAUGAUUAAAGUUUAAGCGGCGCUUAAAUUUGUAAAAAGAUGGCGAAGCUCAUCAUUUUACUAGUACUUGGAAUAAUUUCUACAACUUUAACAACUCCAGUCAUCACAAGGAAAGAUCUCUACCAGUUGAACGAUAAAACAAAACAAUGCUCCAAUUUGUUACAUCUGAACAAUGCAUAUUAUACUUUGGACGAAGUAAAAAACAUAGACGGUAUUCCUGCUGAUAUGGCCGUCCAUUGGCAGACAGAAAAUAUAUACUUUACACUCAUAAGCGACAAUAUGAAGAUGAGUCUCCAAGUUUUACAUGCUGGAUGGGAUAUUGAAGGAAUCAAAGUCACUGGCUUAGGCCAGUCCACAUGUGUUGAUAACCUAAAUGACAUAGUCUACAUCGCGACUGAUAACGGGGUAUAUAAGCUAAAAGAUGAUAUCAUAGAGCCAUAUACCGCUACGGGAGAAGACGUGAUGUAUAUAGCUUUAACACAUGAAGGAACAGUUAUGUAUAUAGCUACAUGGCCCCAGAAUAGAGUCCAGAGAAUCACCAACAAUGGGAACAUACAAGAAAGUUUCCAAGACAUACCAAAUGGGCACGGUUUGGUUGCAGAUACAAGAAACAACUUAUAUUUUACAGCAACGAAAACCUCUUACAUUCUCAAGAGUGGACAAAGUGUGCCUGUCAAUAUUAUAGGACUAUCUAAAGACAAAGUUACGGGGGUAUACGUGAGUCGUCUAGAUGAAGUGUACGCCAUGGACGAAAGCAGUAACUUUUUCAAAAUUGACCCUGAUAACUCUAGAGCGAAACUCCUGGGGUCUUUUAAUGUGACUGGGGUGAAUACUUUCGCUAUGGACGCCUUCGAUAAUGUCAUUAUUGGGGUAAAAGGGAAGAUUAUGAAGUUUAGAACGCAUGAAGAAAAUCCAUGCAUCGGAUUGUUCAAGUAAAUGUUUGUUAAACCAACAUCAAGAAACGACAAAACGCGAAAACGCUUA